CUCAUCAACCAGCUCAGAUCAGACAACCCGAGCGUUCUAUUCAAUUCACUUCAAUACUAGUCGCUCAAAGCCUUCACAAGCCUCUCUUCACCUCCAACCAAAACAAACAAAACCACCAGAAUGAAGUUCUCUAGUGCUCUCCCUUUUGCCUCUACUCUUGUUAGCGUCCUCGCUGUCCCGGCUGCUGCCAGAAGCCGUGUCUUUAGCCUCAAGACCGCAAACAGCUCCAACAAUGAGUUGAACAACUUCUGGAUCGAGAACUUUGGCAACCAUGCCUCCUUUAACACUAGUGGGCAGGUUGUCAAGGCUUACUUCGCCGACGACGGCAGCCGCAGACUCAUCGUUAACGGGCUCGACGGUACCGAGGACAAUGUGUUCCUAAUCCCCGAGACUCCCAAUUCUGCUGUUUCCAACCUUGUUUUCGCAGAUGCUGCUAUUUCUGAAUCCCGCUCCUCUGAGUGGGGUAUUACCAACGACAAACUAGUAUACGGAUCCGAAGACCGCUUCUAUGCCUUCCCCACCACUACCGGUACUGGAUGGGAGAUCCGCUGGGUUGAUGAGGAUGCUGUCAUCCCCGCGAAUACCUUCCCGGUCCACCUUGCCGUCGAAUACCUUGCUUGAGCCAAGCAGCUCUCUCGAGCCCACACUCAAUAGAUCGAUCCCCAUUCUAUCGCAACUACACUCAUGGUACGGUUGCGAUACGGAUGAGAUGCGGAAGUUAAUGAUAAUGGUAGGGCGGAAUGGUACGAGUCAAGAUUAGUGUAUGGAGGGGGGGAUUUGAUUGCGAAGGCAAAAGAAGCGAAUCAUAUAUCUUUAGACUGUUAUUUUAGAAUUAAUGCUGAACGGUUAACUGACAUCAUUACCUUUAA